AUGUCUUACGGUGGUUACGGCGGCGGCGGAUACGGCGGUGGAGGAGGCGGCUACGGCGGUGGCGGCUACGGCGGUGGCGGUGGCGGAUAUGGAAACGGAGGUGGUGGUUACGGCGGGGGCGGUGGUGGGUACGGCGGUGGUGGUGGAGGCUACGGAGGAGGUGGCGGAGGCUAUGGCGGUGGUGGAGGCGACCGCAUGGGUGGCCUCGGCAACGGCCUUCGCACCGUCGACUGGAACUCUGCCAGCCUUACCCGUUUCGAAAAGAACUUUUACACCGAGGACCGACGCGUGACUGCUCGGUCAGACAGAGAGGUGCAGGAUUUCCGAGCGAAGAAGCAAAUGACCAUUGCCGGAUCCAACGUCCCCAAGCCCGUGCAAACUUUCGACGAGGCUGGUUUCCCAGACUACAUCAUGUCUGAAAUCCAAAAGAUGGGCUUCACCGAACCUUCUGCCAUUCAAUCCCAAGCUUGGCCCAUUGCGCUCUCUGGUCGUGACAUUGUUGCCAUCGCCGAGACUGGAUCGGGCAAGACGAUCGGUUUCGCUUUGCCAGCCAUGGUUCACAUCAACGCACAACCUCUCUUGGCGCCCGGUGACGGUCCAAUUGCGCUGAUUCUCGCACCGACCCGUGAGCUGGCCGUCCAGAUUCAACAAGAGUGCACCCGCUUUGGCGCCUCUUCAAGGCUCCGCAACACGGCAGUGUACGGUGGCGUGCCCAAGGGUCCUCAAAUUCGCGACCUUCAACGCGGCGCGGAAAUCGUCAUUGCCACUCCCGGUCGUCUCAUCGACAUGCUCGAGGCUGGCAAGCUCAACCUUCGCCGCGUCACUUACCUCGUCAUGGACGAAGCCGAUCGCAUGCUGGACAUGGGUUUCGAGCCUCAAAUCCGUAAGAUCCUUAGCCAGAUCCGUCCCGACAAGCAGACUUGCAUGUUCUCCGCUACAUGGCCCAAGGAGGUUCAGCGUCUGGCCAACGACUUUUUGAACAACUUUGUUCAAGUCAACAUUGGUUCCAUUGGUCUUGCUGCUAACCACAACGUCAAGCAGGUCAUUGAAGUCUGCACAGACUUUGAGAAGCGUGGACGUCUCAUCAAGCACCUCGACACUAUCAGCCAAGAAAAUGCCAAGGUGCUUAUCUUUACUGGCACGAAGCGCGUCGCUGAUGAUCUCACAAGGUAUCUUCGUCAAGAUGGAUGGCCCGCACUCGCGAUUCACGGUGACAAGCAACAGCAAGAACGCGACUGGGUUCUAUCGGAAUUCAAGAGCGGUCGCAGUCCCAUCAUGGUCGCAACAGCCGUUGCAAGUCGUGGUCUCGAUGUCAAGGAUAUCGGAUACGUUCUCAACUACGACUUUCCCACCAACACCGAGGAUUACAUUCAUCAGAUUGGUCGUACGGGACGUGCGGGCGCCAAGGGCACUGCCAUCACCUUUUUCACCACUGGGGAUGCCAAAUCAGCACGCGAGCUUGUCGGCAUUCUUCGUGAAGCCAAGCAGGAGAUUCCACCCGAAGUCAUGGAGAUGAGCUCUUAUGGAGGUGGAGGCGGACGUGGCGGUGGCCGUGGCUACGGUGGUGGACGUGGUGGCCGCGGCGGCGGCGGCGGCUAUGGUGGCAGCGGUGCGAACGCAUACGGAGGGGGCGGAGGACGUUGGUGA